GCCAGCCACCACACACUCACCGCAUACAAGGUGACUUUGUUAGUGAAGCCAUUCUCAGUCUGGACUGAUCUAUCUCACCUCACAUUAACUUUUACAAAGGCUUUACACUGUGUUUUCAUAACAUACAUAGUUAAAGUUUUGAGACGACCCCUUAAAGGUCAGUCGACAGAGCCAGGACGGGUUCACAGCCACAGUCAGCGGAAGGUCCGUCGCACUUCGGAUUUACUUAGCCGUGAGGACAGUAGACAACCACACAUUCACCACAAUGGAGCUUCUGGGUGUUGACCUAUCACUGACCCUGACUCUACUCGCAGGAUUCCUGGCCUUGGUCUACAUAUAUGGUAAAUGGCGGUUCCGCUUGAUGAAAGACGCUGGUAUUCCAGGCCCAGAACCCGAUGUCUACCUCGGAGAUUUUCGGCACGUUAUAAGAGAUGGUAUAGAUCUUAACAACAAGAUGGGCAAGCAGUAUGGAGACGUAUUUGGAACGUGGCUGGGGGGUAUUCCCAUAGUGAAUGUGUUUGACGUCGACAUCAUUAAGGAGGUUCUGAUAAAAGACUUUAAGAACUUCACUGACAGACUGGUUUUUGAACUCGACGACUUCCCCUUCUCCACCAAUCUUUUCAAUUCGAGGGGGGAAACAUGGAGGAGACUACGAAACAUCAUAAGCCCUACCUUCAGCGGUGUCAAGCUCCGACGGAUGUGUGAGGGACUUAACACAUGUGCUGGAAAACUAACGGAGAACUUUGCUGGUGCUGCUGAGAAAGGAGAAAUUGUAGUCGUGGAAGAUUACUUUGGUGCUUUCACCAUGGACUCCAUCGCCAACACUGCUUUUGGCAUCGACACCGACUCCCAAAAUGACUUUGAGAACAAUUUCAUUACAGAAGUCAAGAAAUUAUUUGAUAAAAAUAUUAUCGGAAACCCCGUGUUGUUCCUCAUACUGCUUUUCCCUAGUUUGCAACCACUAGUUACGAAACUAGGGUUUUCAACAAUACCGCGGUCAGCCAAAACGUUUUUUGAGAACUGUGUGAAGGAGAUGAUAAAACAAAGGAGGGAAGAACCGGAUGCUGAUCGACAGCGGAGGGGAGACUUCCUCCAGCUGCUGCUGAACGCUGAGAAUGACGUCACGCAAGACGGAAACAGUGACCAAUCACAUAAGAGAAUGUCAAUCGAUGAAGUUGUUGGCCAAGCAUUCGUCUUCUUUCUGGCCGGAUAUGGGACUACCGCGAACACCCUCCAGUACCUUGCACACGUUCUGGCAACUCACCCCGACAUUCAGCAGAAGCUGUCUGAAGAGAUAGAUUCAGUCCUUGGGGAUAAAGACCCGGACUAUGACAGCAUCCAUGAAUUGGUGUACAUGGAUCUCGUGGUCACAGAGACGCUGAGACUGUACCCAAUUGUACCGGAUAUAACUCGCUACGUGUCUGAAACAACAACGAUCAAAGGAUGGACGUUCCCUAAGGGUGUCUACAUCGACAUCCCCGUUGUCAAACUGCACAGGAACCCUGACAUUUACCCAGAACCCUUGAAGUUCAAACCUGAAAGAUGGGAGAAGAAAUCGGAAAUCAACCCGAUGUAUUAUUUGCCAUUCGGCCAUGGUCCACGUCAUUGUGUGGGAAUGAGGCUUGCCCUGGUGGAGAUCAAGGUCGCACUGGCUCACCUGCUCAAGAAACUCCACUUUGUUCGACUGGCUGAUACCCCGGAUGUGCUGACGGAGUUCAAGAUCUUGGAUGUGUUUGUGCCGAAGAAGCCGAUUCAGUUGAAAGUGAAAUUCCGUUGAGUGAAAAGACAUGUGCGAUUGAAGAUGAAAUCUGUAGAAGACUGCAACGCACAGGUGUAUGUGUGUUCGGUGGUCCUGAAGCCACCUGUAUACAUUUAUGUAAUCAUUGUGCUUAUACCUGGAUUGUGUUACGGAUGCAGAGUU